AUGCCAACACCGAGUGAGGCAACGAGCGCACCCAGUCUUUCAGUUUCAUCACCAAGCCGGACAGCACCCGCGCCUCUUUCUACGCCGGCAUGCAACGGCCCCGGUGCGUCUUGGACGUGGAGUGCUCGGUCGCGUGAUUUGAGCGCACCUGGUGGAGGUGCUUUAACGGAGGGGGGUGGUGUGGGGUGUGUGGUCGGGCGUGCUCUUGGUCGCAGCGCGUCCGCCACGCUGCGCACCGCACCCGACCUCAACGUAGACGCUAUCAAGGAGAAGCUGCUGGAUCACCGCAUUCCAGAGUCCUGCGUCUAGUCUAUUUAGCUAUUAAUUCGGUCACCAAGCCACAACUACGUAUCUGUCUUAUCUUAAUUUAACAGUAUAACCUAUAACCAUUUUGUUAUGAAUGUUUUAAAUUUUAACAUGAUCAACAAUCUACCUAUAUUAUAAGGAAUAAUUUUACCAAUUGUGCAUAUGUAAUUUGAAUAUAUCCUGUUUAAAUUUUAAUUAUGUUUGUUAUCAAACGGAUGUACAAAAAUAACACACUAAUGAACCAUAUUACGUGUCACCGAUUGUAUUGUAUAUAGUAUAAUUUGAUACUAAUUAAUUUCUGUGUAAGGCAUUACGUAGAAUGGCUGGUGACUCCUUUGUACAUUUCUUGCGAGCGUUGUAUAAAUGUUGUAGGUAGGUAGACAUUUCUCAACUUGUUACUACCGACUGAAGAGAUCCUAAAGAUCCGCCGUAUGUUUUUGCCCGUAUUUAUAUUUGUGUAAAAGACUUUUCUUCAAUUUAGGCAAAUUCUAUUGACAACACCUCAAUUCUACUGAUUUUAACAUAAUAAUGGCAUCUUGAUGGCGUUUCAACUGUCUCAAAUGACAUCUGUUUCCAAUCCAAGAUCAUUACUAAAAUGACAUCUUGAUAAAUCAAUAGUAAAUCAAGAUAUUUUUAUAAUUUUUUGAUCUAGAAUCAAGCAAUGUAGUAAAAGCAUUAUUUUUGAAACGCCAUUCUUACGGUAUCAUUAGUAGAAUUGAGAUCAAGUUUAUCGUAUCGAUUGCUCCGAUCAAGCUUUAUUUUUCCAAGUGGUUUUAAGUUUGAUUCUGUUGAAUAAAUAAUUAGCAGUUGGGCCUUUGUAGUAACUCUGUGGUGCUGUGACGAAUGCAAAAAUAUUGUUUGGCAAAACAUUAAAAUUACCUAAUUUAAAGAGUAGUUUCAGACCGCUCGAAACUAAUUGACAAUUUAAUUUAAUUUUAUGAUUUUUGAGUUAACUUACGGAAAAACGUACGGGAUCAAAGAAUUUAACUACAUCUUUAAUUUUGUUUGAAAAUAAACUCUGUGAUGUAAAUAGUAGAGUAUAAGUAUUUGCCACUUUUUAUAUGUCUACGAAACUUUAGCUCAUAAUCUACCGUUUGUCGAAUCGAUUGAGAGGUAAAUGGAUUUAAAUGUAUACAGGAAAAAAUUAUUAUCAGUGUACAAAUUAUUUCCUAUGUUUUAGUAGAACAUAUUAACGAAGAAGAAAUUUAUUUUUAAAUUUCAUAUUUAAAUAUCAAAAUUAGUAAUUUUUAUGAAAGAAAUAUGAUUAAAAAUUAACCAGACCCAGAUGCCCGAUACGGAAUCUACGUUGAUCAAAUCGCACCCAUGCUGGUGAAAUCUGUUAUCUGAUAUGUAUCACAAAAACAAAAUAGGUUUUACAGUUGAUGCAGCUUGAAAUUUUCUCUCGAAUGGUCUAAACACCCAUCUAACAGUUUUACCAGCGUAGGUGCAAAAUAUAAUACUUGAUAAUUGAAUGUUCAUUUAA